AUGGGAAACAGCAAUGGGCCGGACAUGGAGGAGCUGCAGGCCUGUGAGAGUCAUCAGUGGUACAGAAAGUUUAUGACCGAGUGUCCAUCAGGACUUCUCACCUUCUACGAGUUCAAGAAGUUCUUUGGCCUGAAGAAUCUGACGGAGACAUCAAACGCAUACGUGCGGACCAUGUUCACAACAUUUGACAUGAAUGACGACGGCUUCAUUGACUUCAUGGAGUACGUAGCUGCUCUGAGCCUGGUGCUGAAGGGAAGAGUGCAGCAGAAGCUCCGCUGGUACUUCAAGCUGUAUGAUAUAGACGGGAGCGGCUGCAUCGACCGCGAGGAGCUGCUGCUUAUAAUUAAGUCCAUCAGAGCAAUCAAUGGAGUUCCUAGUGAGAUGUCAGCAGAGGACUUUGCAAACAUGGUGUUUGAUAAGAUUGACAUCAAUGGAGACGGUGAGCUGUCCUACGAGGAGUUCAUGGAGGGCGUUCAGAACGACGAGGUGCUGCUGAAGAUGCUAACAGAGAGUCUGGAUCUCACACACAUCGUCCAAAAAAUUCAAGGAGAGAUGAGGGCCAACGUCUAAUUUACCGACUUUAUGGACCCUGAAUGUUAUAUAUAUUUACGUGUGACUGUGCCACGGUGUGAACAUCUGGACUCACACUUUGAUAGCUCACAAGACGUGAUGAGGACAGGUGGACGAGGAUCAGUGUCUGGGGUUCUUACCUGCUUCUCAUCCACCCUGAAGAGCCGCUGAGUGGAGUCAAUCAUGCAACCUCAUCACCUCCAAUGUUUCCAAACUGGACCUAAAACAUUCCCUCUGCAGCAGCAGCAGGUUUGCACAUGAACAAGCAAUCUACAGAAGCAGCAAUAACGUCCAGCGAGACAAAGAUGCUGCUUCGGGACUAAACGUCCUCUUGUUGUCACUGAGCAGCUCCUGUGUUGUGAAGACAAGCUGAUCUUAAUCACUGCAGCUGUUUCACUGUUCAGAUGCUUCCUCUGCUGAGUCCAGCUGGAGCAAACGCUGCAUGAUUCCUCUCUAGUCUGCAUUAUGUGCCAUUAUUGCCAUUUGAUAUUUAAAUUUUAUGUAUUUAAAAACAACAACUCUUGUCAGUACCAUUUGGAGACUCCUCCGUUUCUUCAGUUGGAGUGUUUCACAUGUUGUAGACAUCUCCCCUCUUCUGCGCUGUUGUUUUCAUGUAUUUUUGCAAAGCCUAUACAGCAAAGGUUAUUUUUUAUACUUUGAGUGAGUUA